UUGAUUUUUCCCCACUGUCUCUCAAUGUCAUAAUGGACAGGUUGCACUCCUCCAUGCGUAAAAGGCUCUACAGUUUGCCUCAGCACAUUGGACAGAAAGCAUCAACAAUGGGGGAACGAGAAGACGGAGACAAGGACACCCGGAGAAAGAGCAUUAGGAUGAAGCCUUUACCGUCACCGUCGCCGACCUCUGGGGGAAGCUGCAAAGGCAUCGGGGAGACCAGAAGUGGGGAGUCGGUAAUCAUGGAGACGGACAUCGGGAGACCGAUGAAGACCAGCUCAAAUGGAGACUGUCGGAGGUUUCGAGGCAGUCUCUCGUCCAUCACAAGUCGGCAUGUGCACGACUCGGACUCAGCGGAGGAGAGGCGCCUCAUCACCGAGGGGGAUGUCACCCCGAGCGAGGAGAGUCCCCCCGGAGCAAUUGAUGAUGGGCCACCGGAUCAAGGUGCGCAAGGAGCCAGCGGUGGCGGUGGUUCCCAAAAUGGUUUCCCAGACCAGCAAUCAGGGUUUAUAAAGUUGGAUGGCAUUGAUCAAAUUCUGCCGGACGACGAGAGAUUAUAUCAGGCUGGGUUCAUGCACAGACAGUUUGGAGCAAUGCUACAACCGGGGGUCAACAAGUUCUCCCUGAGGAUGUUUGGGAGUGAAAAGGCGGUUGAACGGGAACAAGAGCGGGUUAAAUCCGCUGGAUUUUGGAUAAUUCACCCAUACAGUGAUUUCAGGUUCUACUGGGACUUGACCAUGCUGCUGCUGAUGGUGGGCAACCUGAUCAUCAUCCCCGUGGGCAUCACAUUCUUCAAGGACGAACACACGCCCCCUUGGAUUGUGUUCAACGUGGUGUCCGACACGUUCUUCCUCAUGGACCUGGUUCUCAACUUCAGGACGGGUAUUGUCAAGGAGGACAACACAGAAAUCAUCCUAGAUCCGCAGCAGAUUAAGAUCAAGUAUCUACGCAGCUGGUUUGUGGUGGACUUCAUCUCCUCCAUCCCCGUGGACUACAUCUUCCUCAUUGUGGAGACGCGCAUCGACUCGGACUUCUACAAGACAGCUCGCGCCCUGCGGAUUGUACGCUUCACCAAGAUCCUCAGCUUGCUCCGACUCUUGCGCCUCUCCAGGCUCAUUCGCUACAUCCACCAGUGGGAAGAGAUCUUCCACAUGACCUAUGAUCUGGCCAGCGCCAUGGUGAGGAUAGUCAAUCUGAUUGGCAUGAUGCUGUUGCUGUGCCACUGGGACGGCUGCCUGCAGUUCCUAGUGCCUAUGCUGCAGGACUUCCCUGCCGACUGCUGGGUGUCCAAAAACAAGAUGGUGAAUGACACAUGGGGACAGCAGUACUCCUACGCCCUUUUCAAAGCUAUGAGCCACAUGCUGUGUAUUGGGUAUGGCAUGUACCCACCGGUGGGCAUGACAGACGUGUGGCUGACCAUCCUCAGCAUGAUCGUGGGCGCUACAUGCUAUGCCAUGUUUGUGGGCCACGCCACCGCACUAAUCCAAUCUCUAGACUCUUCUCGACGGCAGUACCAGGAGAAGUACAAACAGGUGGAGCAGUACAUGUCUUUCCAUAAGCUGCCAGCAGACAUGAGGCAGAGGAUCCACGACUACUAUGAGCACCGUUAUCAGGGCAAGAUGUUUGAUGAGGAAAGCAUCCUAGGAGAGCUGAACGAGCCACUCCGAGAGGAAAUUAUCAACUUUAACUGUCGAAAGCUUGUGGCUUCCAUGCCUCUGUUUGCUAACGCGGACCCGAACUUUGUAACCUCCAUGUUGACCAAACUGAGGUUCGAGGUGUUCCAGCCUGGGGAUUACAUCAUCAGGGAGGGCACCAUCGGCAAGAAGAUGUAUUUUAUACAACACGGCGUGGUCAGUGUGCUAACCAAAGGCAACAAGGAGACCAAGCUUUCAGAUGGCUCCUACUUUGGAGAGAUCUGUUUGCUGACACGGGGCAGAAGGACAGCCAGUGUCCGAGCAGACACGUACUGCCGUCUGUACUCACUGUCUGUGGACAACUUCAACGAGGUGCUGGAGGAGUAUCCCAUGAUGAGGAGAGCCUUUGAGACAGUAGCAUUGGACCGACUGGACCGCAUUGGUAAGAAGAACUCAAUCCUGCAGCAUAAGGUGCAGCAUGACCUGAGCUCUGGUGUGCUCAACUACCAGGAGAAUGAGAUCAUCCAGCAGAUCGUGCAACACGACAGGGAUAUGGCCCACUGUGCCCACCUCAUGCAAAACGCCCCACCCCAGGCUCCGCCCUCACCAACCCCCGUAAUCUGGGCUCCCCUCAUCCAGGCCCCUCUGCAGGCAGCAGCAGCCACCACCUCAGUAGCCAUUGCCCUGACACACCACCCUCACCUCCCCCCAACUCUCUUUAGACCUCCUGUUUCUGUCCUGGGCUCCCUGAAGGACCCCCCCAGCCGGCUAAAGAAGUUCCACACAUUUGUUCCAUCUUCCACAACACCUGGCUCUGCUGGGGACUCUCCCUCUAGUACACCCUCUAAACUGCGCACCGGGGUGGAGAUGCCAUUGCUGGCCUCAUUCCGGGCCCAGCACAUGACCUCAGGGUCAGGAGCAGCUGGAUCCACCCAGCAGGCCUCAAGCAGUGGAAGCCACCGUGGACCUAGUGGGGCUACUGCUGGUUCUGGGUCUAGUGGAGCAGGGGCAUCUGCCUUCCCUUUUGGACCAUACUCUUCUUCUGGUUCUCCCUCUUCUAGCACAGCCCAGCUGCAUCCACAACCACAACACCAGCAGCCCUUUCGCUCCAGCACGCCUCCUCUUUCAAACCUCUUCCAUCAAGGAGCUACAGGUGGAAGCACGGGGUCAGGAAUAAGUGGAGGGACAGGUGGAGCCUGUGGUGGUGCUACAGGGUGGUCCUCAGGUGGAGCAGUUGGAGGUUCUAUUGAAGGGGCCACUGGAGGGGAAUCUGUUUGGGCUGCAGAGGACUUUACAGCUGGUGUGACAGGAGGAGGUCCUGGGGGACACUUUGGAAUAGGUGCGGCUAUUGGUGGAUCAAUGGGAGGGACCUCUGGGGGAUCAAAUGCAGGGGUGUCUGGGGGAUCAACUGGAGGGGCUACUUCUGGGGUGAGGGGAGUUGCAACCAGGGGAUCAAUGGGAGGGGCCUCUGGUGAAUCAAUGGUAGGAGCUACUGGAGGAUCAUUGGGAAGGGCCUCUAGUGGAUCAAUGGUAGGGGCUACUGGAGGAUCGUUAGGAGGGGCCUCUGGUGGACCAAUGGUAGGGGCUACUGGAGGAUCGUUAGGAGGGGCCUCGGGUGGACCAAUGGUAGGGGCUACUGGAGGAUCAAUGGGAGGGGCAUCUGGUGGACCAAUGGUAGGGGCUACUGGAGGAUCAUUAGGAGGGGCCUCAGGAGGAUCGUUAGGAGGGGCGUCUGGUGGAUCAGUGGCAGGGACUUCUGGUGGAUUGGUGACAGGUGGUGGCUCAACAACUGGCCAUAAAGGAGGAUCUUCUGCUGGGCCAAUCGGAGGGGUGACUGAGGGACAUAUUAGUGGAGCAGCAGGGGGGACUGUAGGAAGCCACAGAGGAGGGGCUUCAGGUGGAAUGACAGCUGGAGUUCUGGGUUCCUCUGGUUGUCAGAGUAAUGUGAGCCCUAUAUCCACUAACUCAUCCAGCCCAAUGCCAGGUCAGCUUCACCAUAGCCAGCCACCCCCCAAGCCUCCUCAGGUAGGUUCAUUACAGCAGUUUGCUGGAGGAGGCAGGACUUCUAGUGGCUUAAAUCUUUUCCACUCCCCUCCACAAGGAUCCCCAUCCUCUAGUAGAAGUCAGCACAGCCAACAGCCUGCUGAGGGCUCCCCGUCUUCCCUGGGCCACUUCAAUCUUGCAGGCCUACAGUCUGGCUUCCUGCCUCACCAGCUGUCCCUUGAGAGGUCCGCCCUGGCCUCGCUGGCCCAGUAUGGCUCAGCAAAUGCCUCCCCCUGCCUCACCCCAAUGGCACCUAGCCCCACUGUUCAAAGCCCAGUGGCAGGCAGGACUUUCCAAUAUAGUGACCCCUCUAGUGCGGUGGGAUCCAACAGCUCUCUGCUCAUGCCUCAGUCUUCUCUCCAUUCACAGCUUCCCAGCCAGCCACAGACAGCAGGGAGAGAUUCUCCAUUGGGCCGCUUCUCUGAGGACCUAAAACUAUUGUCCGGCUCCCAUCCCUCUCUACCCCAGGAAGUGGCCCAGGCCUUAGGCCACCCAACACCUCGCUCCUCUGUGGAGACUGGAUAUUACCCCUCGCCCUUCUCCUCACCCACCCUUGUGCCCAAACCUUGUAGCUCAGUGCCAGGACACAUGACUCCUCCGAACCAGAUGUCCCCGGGGCACCUUCAUCAGACUCAGUCCCCCAUGGGCUCCCCAGCCUUGCCUCUGCGAAGAGGCUCUGCUGCCUACUCAUCGGAGCUAGAACCUCAAACUGUCCGCUCUAAACUCCCCUCCAAUUUGUGAGGUUUGAUCACACCCUCCUCUGCUCCUCCAGACUGAGACACAGACAGAUAUUCUCCAUGUGUGGUGUUAUUUUUUUCCAUCUUCAGCCUUCACUGUGUUCCACCUGUCUGUUAUUUUUACCAAAAUUUUAAAUUUACUGUGAUUGAAAAGACAAACACUUCACCGGAUAAGUCAGAGCUCUAGAAUACUAUUAUAUUUGUUUUAUGCUUUGUCCGCCUCGCUCUUUUUUAUUCAUACAUACUGUGUAUAGAUAGAGAUACCGUAUAUUUAAAUGCUAUGUUAAUCAAUGGACUUGGAGGGUGUGAAAUGAUAUCCAUUUAAAGGACAGUCAUUUUCUUUAUUUACAUAACUAUGCCAAAUUCAUCUCUUGAGGUUUUGACAGACAGUUCAAUGGACUACACAAUAGUACUUUUUUCUGCAGGAACCUAUGCACUAAUACCUGCAUGUGUAAAGGCUUUUUGUGUGUUUAAAAAAAAAAAAAAGAAAAAAAAAAGAAUCUAAAUUUUUAG